AUGGUGCUCCUGGGGCCUACGAUUGGCGGUUUGCGUAAAUUGUUGGCUAUCUGUGAGGAUUAUGCCAAUAAACACGGGUUGAAGUAUAAUUCAAAUAAAAGUGAACUCUUGGUAUUUAAAGGCAGAAAUAAACCACCAAACUCUGUCCCUCCAGUGUACCUCAAUGGUUCACCACUGAAGAGAGUCACGCAGUUUAGAUACCUAGGGCACAUUGUCAAUGAAGACUUGAAGGAUGACUGCGAUAUAGAAAGGGAACGCAGGGCGCUGUCUGUAAGAGGGAAUAUGCUGGCUCGGAGAUUUGCUGGUUGUACACUUAAUGUCAAAGUCACUCUGUUCAAAGCAUUCUGCCAAAUUUUUUACACCAGCAGUCUGUGGACUAGUUAUUCUCAAAAAUCAUACAGCGCCCUGCGCAUAUUGUACAACAACCUGUUCCGGAUGAUGGUGGGGCUUCCUCGACACUGCAGUGCUUCGGGCAUGUUUGCCGAUGCGCACACAGACGACUUUUUUGCGCUUAUGCGUAAAAAAGUUGCUUCUCUAAUUCGAAGAGUGAGGGGAAGCUCCAACAGUCUUUUACAGGUAGUUGAAGGAAGGCUGGAUGGUGCAGUGCUCGGCAGGUUCAACGAGCUGCACGCUACUCGUGCACCUCGGUGA